GGUGAUGGUGAUGAUAUGCUGUACUGUCCAUUUUAAAACUGUAUUUCAAAUCCCAUGCUAUAGACCGUAAACUUCCUGGUGAACGAAAAGGUAAAGUGCGCAUAAAAUACAGGGGAGAUACACCACGAAAAGAUGGCAUAAGAAUAAAAUUCCCUGAAACGCUUGACCUGGAAAUUGAGGAUCUUACAAACAAAGACAAACUCAAGGUUAAGGCCAAGCGAGUGCCUGUGACACAAACCUCUCUUUCUUUAUUGGGCAGCGAUAAUUCUACAACGGACAUACGCUUUGAGAGUGCGGCAAUGUAUGUUGGCAAUAACAGCACCUUUAUGAUUACCGCGGCGAAAAAUCCUAAUGGAUCAUUCAAGUCAAAAUUGAUUGGACGCGUUAGAAAGGGAGGCCGACGAAGCUGGAUCAACGAUGAUACGGUUACGUCAUGGGACGAGUUUGCUCUGGAAAAAAAUUGGGAGGAAGUUCUAGAAAUUCUUUCAAUCAACUCCACCACAGAGCAAAAUCCUUCAGGACGUAAGAAACGUGCGACAUCAAUUCCGACGGUGUUCGAUUAUGAUCCCAUGAACGUCGUCGAGCUGGUUAUUAUGGUAGACCAGCAAUGGCUCACUUGGUUCAAGCUCAGAAAUCCUACAGAUGCUGGCGCUUUGAAGGAAGCAGCAUUAUACGUUACUAUGUUAUUAACUGAGGUCAAUGCCAUCUAUCGAACUGUUUCGGACAGCACUGCCGGCCAGAUGGAACUUGUUGUGUUUGGAGUUAAAUUGUUAUAUCCAGCAGGUAGCCAAGAAUGGCCGUUCUUAAGUUCAACUGCGGGAGUGUUACAAACAACAGAAUCGUGUGGCACGGGCUGUAUCCCGUUGUUGACAACACUGAAAACAUUCCUAGAUAACCACUGGGCAAGUCUUCCCCAGUUUGACCAUCUUGCAUUCCUGUCAGGGUAUGAUAUUGCGAACGCUGCUGGAUCGGGUCUACUAGGUAUAGCUUACUCAAAUACAGUGUGUGAGCAAGACGGGUACCGCAGUUAUAAGAUCUCCGUUACGGAAGAUUUCAAACAUGAUGCUGUUUUCAUCUUUGCACACGAGCUUGGCCAUGCCCUCGGUGCCCGCCACGACGGAUUCGACACCGCGAUCGCGUGCCCUCCUUCCGGUUACAUUAUGGCGGCUUAUGCUGAAAAUCCAACUGCCGCCUCAGAGAAUACGUUCUGGACUUUUUCUAAUUGUUCCGUGAACGGCUUCGUUUCACAUCUGACGGCCAUGAGAGACGCUGGACGGGACUGUCUAUCCUCGGGUUCCACUAACGCCACGGACGAGGCUUUCCGAAGCCAGUUUUGCAGCGGGCCACGUGGGGCCCGGUACUCUCUCGAUGAGCAAUGUUUUUACGAAUCUUCUGCAACCAAAUACGCAUUCGACGCAAACUGCAAUCCAUUGCCGACCCGUCCGGAUGGUGUGACCAAGAUGGCUCCCAUUAAUGCAUGCUGGGACGAUAGGCUUGUUGCAUGCUCCUCCCAGAAUACUCCAGGAACGUGCAAUGAUACAGCUAGCAAUGGUACAGCUAUAUUCCACGUGGCGGACGGUACGCCGUGCCAGGGAAGCGAUCCGAACCUAGAUUAUGUGUGCUUCAAUGGAGAUUGCUUACUGACCCCAGACGUAUGCUCGGGGUGGAACAGUACCAGCUCUGUCCCUACAGGAGAUAUAUACCCAUGUGCCUGCACUAACCUGACAGACACAGACCGAGCUACAUGCUGUUCGUUCAAGCCCAUCCGACCGUGUUGCAACGGCUGCCGUACUGUCGGCAAAAGAUGUGUGGCCUAAAUUACACAUGAAAUAGCUGCGUCUUUAUUCUUCCACCAAGCAUUAAAUAUUUAACUAUAACGAAUCAAUUGUGAUUAAUGUUUGCAAACAAAACGUUCAUAUUUGAAAGGUUUGCUUGCGAAAUUAAGUGAAGCAAGUGUGCUUCGGUACAUUUAAAAU